AUGUCAUAUCGACGUAGUCAGCACCGACAAGUGCCAGUCGAAAGGCGCCAUCGUUCGUCCCAUAGCGUUCCAUAUCAUUCUUUGGUUGAAACUUAUUCCAAAGAGGUUACAACAAGGCCGUUAGUACGUGACGACUGCGAAAUAUACGAGGAGCCGAUGCACGAAAAGUAUUGCGACUAUCCAAUUGUCAAGGUGAACACACCAACUCGCAAUUAUCAUCAUCAUCAUCAACAACAUCAUCAAGAAGUCAUCGGCUUCGACGAAGUUCAAAGCUAUCGUCAGCACACGAAAAAUGUGCCCGUCUGCAAUGUGAUUCCGCCGACGCCGAAGAUCGAUGAGCCGAAGGUGACGGCAUGCAAGCGCCCUUCAACGAUUGCAGAGAAGUGCGUUCGAAGCGAUUCCAAAGAAUCGCGCUACGUCUACACCCACGACGUCUUCAUUGAUCCGCAGAAUGGAAGACCCUACACGCCGGGAAGACACGAAACAAUCGAUAGUAAAAAUUGUCACAAAUUGAAGAUUAAUGUGUACUUUAAACCGCCACAACUUCCAGUUUCACCAAUGUAUACUUUGGAUGAGGUAGAGAUCGAAAAACCGCUAGAAUGUCCCCCAGAGCCACGCCCAAUUAGCCGCGGGACUGUGAACACGACAUCGUUGAAAUCCGAUGUUUUUGAUUUGAAGAAUGAUCGACGAACUCCAAGCCGCAGCACGAUCCUUCGGCGAACUUCCGAAGUCGGCUACGCACCUCUCCCGAAUCCCUGCGAUUACACAUCGAUCAGGUCCGAUUCGCGUAUUAGCCACAAGACGCCGACGAGAGAUUUGCCACUCAUCGACGACAUGUGUAAGACGGAUGAGAAGAAAGCGUCGAGCAUGGAGAGGUGUCGGACGACGGAGAAAAUUAUACCAAUUACUGUGAGUGAGAGUAGUAAGUCGUGCGAGCAAAUCCGGCACAAAACUCCGAGUCCGGACUGCAAGCCUCGCGCCCCUUCAGUUCAGAAGGCGAAGGAACGCUGUCCGCCGACAGAGGAAGUCAUUCACAUUAGGGAGCGUUACGAGCGCGACGAGACCAUUCGAAGAUUCUACCCAACUACUACAAGCGUUUAA